AUGUUUCCUUUUUAGAUAAUGUUAAGCGACAAGCUAAGAAGAAUAUUCGCUAAAUUGAAUGUCGAAAAAGACAUGAAAAUUCAGUCCGUAUCGAAGAAAAAACUUCAGACGAAGAAAAAACCCGCGGUCGAGCUGCCUGACAAUGUUUGGAACCUCAUCUUGGACUAUUCGUCACCGUUUGAUGUGAUAAAAUGGCGACGAGUCAAUAAGCAAUUUAAACGCAUUACCGAUAAUCGUGUGAAAAGGACGCUCUACCUAGAUGUGUUGAGAAUGGAUAUCACACAAAUUUUGCCACAAGGAGUGAUGGGAGACGGUGACUUCUUCCGACAUUCCACCUGCAAUUUACUAGCGCAUCACGAACAUCGUUCUAUUCUACUUGCCGCUCAUGCACAGUGGACAACAAAGGAAGCGGCAAAAUUACUGCGUGCAAUUCAAUUUUUUGCCAAAAACGCCCACACCAUAAUGCUCGAUUCGUCGGUAGCUGAACUUUGUGUGGCAGGACAAUGUACAACAGAUAUAUCAGCUUGGUUUGCAUUCCAAGCCGCUGCCGGUGGUACCGAUCCGACACCGGAGUCCGAUGGGAUUCAGACCCCAGGAUGGCUUCAAAGUGAAGCAAAAUUCAAUAUGUCCACAUAUCUUAGCCAGUCUGAUGGAGAUUUACCUAAAUGGAACCCGACAACGCAACGUAUCCCAUUGGGACCACUAUUUCCAAAGGCCAAAGAGAUCACAUUCCGCUGCACUGUUCCGCAGUUACGUCGUAUGCGUCGGCUAUCCGUCUAUCAAGUGCCCGCCACAAUGAUUUUUUCACCAGAACAGUUGCAAGUAUUCCGUCUGUCCAUAAUUGGUGGACGUUCCAAUGCUCCAGCUAAUUUGAAACUACGUCCAUUUCGUGAAUGGCUUGAUGCUGACCAACUCGGCAACAAGCUCUGCAUACAGUUCUGCUGAGGCUGUCCAACUGAGGACGGAGUCUUAGGUCUUCGUCCUGACAUCAUACUUCCUCAUGUUUUGCUCACACUUUUAUGAAUGCUUGUAAAUUACUAUUCUUUUUUUAUGCACCUAUCUGUAUAUAUUUGUAUAAUAAUUAGCGAAGUGCUACGUCUUCAAAUCACUUGGUUCUGCUUAGAAUUUGAUUUAUACACUUUUCAGCCUUUUGGCUAAAUCUAUGAAAGUAUGCUGUUUAUUGAUAUUUCAUAGUAAGUACGUAUUCCAUCCGUCUAACCGAUCUCCAUGGUCACUGUAUCACCAAUGUGUAGCAGCUUAACACGCAUUUCUUCUUCAUUUAGCUUUUAUACAGUAACCUCUUUCGCACUUAUCGUAAGUCGUAAGUUACCAUGACCCUUGAACUAGGAUAUCAUUUCGCAAUGCUGGUACGCGAG